GCUGCUCGCAUCCACGCUGGGAUGCUGUUUCUGGCUGUCUGCCUUCAGAUGGAGGCUGCCGCUGCUGCUGCAGGCAUGGCGAAAGCUGAAGGAGCCCAGGAUGGUGGCAGCAACAGGGACACCAUCAGCCAUUCCCUGGUCCUGGUGCAGCAUCUGGAGGCCCUCCUGAUUCAGGGCAAUGGAAGCGACGUGUCGCUGCGGGUGGAGACACCCAACGCGGACGAGGUGAAGGUGAUCCAGGCCCACGCCCUGGUGCUGUCCUUGCAGAGUCCUGUGUUUGAGGAGAUCCUGCUGAGUCGCAACAGCAGCACGCUGGUCCUGAGAGAGAGCUCCGACUGUGCCUCUGUGUUUGACAAGUUCAUCAGGUAUCUGUACUGUGGGGAGCUUUCUCUGCGUCUGGACCAGGCCACUCCUCUACACAAGCUGGCCACUAAGUAUCAGGUGCUGAGUCUACAGCAGGGCAUCACCCAGUACAUGACCCAGAAUCUGGCCAGGGACACCCCGUCAGGCCACGUGGCAGGCUGGUACGAGUACGCCCUGCAGGCCGGGGAUGUGACUCUGAGGGACAGCUGUCUUCAGUACAUGGCCUGGAACCUGUCGUCACUGCUGCAGAGCGGCGAGUGGGUGACCAUCAGCAGCCAGCUGCUUAUGUCCCUGCUGCAGCGUUCAGACCUCAUCCUGCAGAGUGAGAUGGAGCUCUUCUCAGCCCUGGAGGCGUGGAUUAUCCAGAACGAUCCGGACGGUUUGACGGCUGAAAACGCUUUGAGAGCUGUGCGCUACGCCAUGAUCCCCCCACGGGAGCUUUUCCUCCUCCAAACCCAGUCCACAAUCUUGGCUCGCUAUCAGGAGUCGGUGCGCGACCUUCUCUACAUGUCCUACCAGUUUCACUCGGCCUCGCCGCUGCAGAUGGCCAAAUACUUUGACGUGAACUGCAGCCUCUUUGUGCCCAGGAACUACCUGUCCCCAGUGUGGGGGUCCCCCUGGAUCAUCAACAACCCGACACGGGACGACCGCAGCAUGAGUUUCCAGACCCAGCUGGGGCCCAGCAACCAUGACGCCAACAAACGCGUGACUUGGAACGUCCUGUUCUCCCCGCGCUGGUUGCCCCUGAGCAUGAGGCCCAUGUACACCGAGACGGGCGCCAUGCAGCCGACUCGCGUAGAAGGCGGGCGUCCUCGCAUCAUCAUCACGCCUGCCACGUCCAGCACCGACUUCGCUGGAGUGAGCUUCCAGAAGACGGUGCUGGUGAUGGCUCAGCAGCAGGGGAAGGUGGUGGUGAAGCACGUCUACAACUUCCACCAGAGCACAGAGGAAAACGGUGAUUUCUUGGCCGAAGCUGACCUGUACCGCCGGACGUCUGAAUAUCUCAUGGACAGCUCCCUGUUCCUCCAUAUUGUUGUGAAGCCACUGUACCAAACCCUCAUAAGCACCAAGAAUUAA